CCGCGCAUGCGCAGGCCUUCUGUUCUGAUCAGCUGACUUUGAGUGAGAUGCACUGUUGAAGGACCGCUGAGUCGAAAACCUACUAUUAUCUGAGCUAUGUGCGGGAAGCUGCGACUAAUUAAUUGAUAUACACUGCGUGGACCGAGUACUGAGGCCUUUUAACACAUCGCGAUCCACACAAAUUAAAGGGCAGGGGAACAAACAUCUAACAAGCAGCCAUGACGGAAUUCUGGUUAAUCUCGGCUCCAGGGGAGAAGACAUGCCAGCAGACCUGGGACAAACUGAUGGUGGCGACAACACGCACCAACAACAUCUCUGUUAACAACAAGUUCAACAUCCCCGAUCUCAAGGUCGGAACUCUAGAUGUCUUAGUUGGUUUGUCGGAUGAACUGGCUAAACUUGACACUUUUGUGGAAAGUGUGGUAAAGAAGGUGGCUCAGUACAUGGCUGACGUUCUGGAGGACAGCCGAGACAAAGUCCAAGAGAACCUACUUGCUAAUGGAGUGGACCUGGUUACCUAUAUCACCAGAUUUCAGUGGGACAUGGCUAAAUAUCCAAUCAAACAGUCUCUGAAAAACAUCUCUGAGAUCAUCUCCAAGCAAGCCUCUCAGAUAGACAAUGACCUGAAGGCCAGAGCUUCGGCUUACAACAACCUGAAGGGAAACCUGCAGAACCUGGAGAGGAAGAAUGCGGGGAGCCUGUUGACCAGGAGUCUGGCUGACAUAGUGAAGAAAGAGGACUUUGUGCUGGACUCAGAGUACCUGAUUACCAUGCUGGUGGUUGUCCCAAAGACGGGGUAUGGUGACUGGCAGAAGACAUAUGAAACCCUGGCGGAGAUGGUCGUGCCACGCUCCACCAAACUGCUUUUUGAAGACAAUGACAGCGGCCUCUUCAGUGUGACUCUCUUCAGGAAGGCCAUAGAUGACUUCAAGCACAAGGCCAGAGAAAACAAGUUUACAGUGCGUGAUUUCCAGUACAAUGAGGAGGAGAUGAAGGCAGACAAAGAGGAGAUGACACGUUUGUCUACUGACAAGAAGAAACAGUUUGGGCCUUUGGUACGAUGGCUUAAAGUGAAUUUCAGUGAAGCCUUCAUCGCCUGGAUCCACAUAAAAGCUCUGCGUGUGUUUGUGGAAUCAGUAUUGAGAUACGGGCUGCCGGUUAACUUCCAGGCCAUGCUGCUGCAGCCCAACAAGAAGAACAUGAAGAAGCUGAGGGAGGUGCUGUAUGACCUGUACAAGCACCUGGACAGCAGUGCUGCUAUCAUUGAUGCCUCUAUGGACAUCCCCGGGCUGAACCUGAGCCAGCAGGAGUACUACCCCUAUGUUUACUACAAGAUCGACUGCAACCUGCUGGACUUCAAAGUCUAGACACAUCGCCAUCAUCAUCAUCAUCAUCAUAUCUGUGGAGUCGUGCUCUGAUGUGACAGUUUCACGUCCCCAAGCUUUAAUUUAUUUCCUCUUCCACCUUGAUUUUCCACCUUUUGUGUGUUUUCUCCUGGUACAUUCCUGGGUUCAAUUUUAUCAAGAUACUUGGAACUAGACCGUUCUUCAAUGAUUUUUUAGAAAUUUCAGAUUGAUUGAAGAUCAGAGUUUAGACUCUAAUGUACUUGAUAAAUAUGGGCCCCUUUUUGUUGCUGCGUCUUCUUGUUUCCAACAUGCUGUAAAAGUGAAAUUUAUUCCCCGUUGACGUCCACCAAAAUGGCCGACAUUCCCUCAUGACAUUGAGACAUGCCCCAGCUUCAGUGUUGUUUUCUACUGUCACCACACUUACCUGAAAUCAACCCUGUCACACAUGGGGGAAAAGGGGAGAAAAUAAAUGUAUGUUCAAUAUAGUAUUUAUUUAAAGCCUCUAAAAUCAGUUAAUGUGUUUUUUUUUGUUUGUUCGGUUCUUGAAAGUGCUGUGUUUUUAGCUCUGUGUAAGGAAUGUCUGUUUACAAGUAGAUGUUGAUCCCACUCUCGCUAUAAUCCUGUGAAACUCUUGAGAAAAGUCAUUUUACAGUAUAAAGAAGCAAUACGUUUGCUUAUGGUGUGCUCCUAUAAUUUUCUGUACAUGAAGCAGUGUGAGGAAAAAGAUUAUAGGUCUAUGUGCAAAUACUGUAUCAUCAGUAUAAAUGAAAAUUUAACCACAUAUGUAUAAUAAAUGUGAAAAAUAAAUACUCUAUGUGAAAUAUA